AUGUCACCAAAAGCAACUGAAGAGCAGUCAGAUCAUGAAGUCCCUUAUGAACCAAUCACAAAGAGGAGUUUGAUUUCCAGUGUAACCUUGAAAGAAGAUCAUCGAAAAGGAAGGUCCAGGCAUUCCAAUUCCUCCGGGGAGAAUUCUAUGGCCACAUCCCUGAAUGAAGCGACGCCAUCGCACGCGCCCGGCGGGGAAUGGCGGCCGUGCGAGGCGGGCGUCCGCGGGCGUCCAGUGCUGCGUGCCCGGCCGGGGCUGCGGGGUUGGUGGCGCACCCGGCCGAGGGUGGGGGCGAGCGGCAGGCAUUGGCGAGCCCCGCAGGGGCCACGUUUGGCUGGGCCCCGGCCCGCGCUCCGCCGGCGCGAUUCUCUCUCGCUCCGGGAGUUGGUGCAGUGGCUGGGUUUCGCCACCUUUGAGAUCUUCGUGCACCUGCUGGCUCUGUUGGUGUUCUCUGUCCUGCUGGCACUGCGUGUGGAUGGCCUGGCCCUGGGCCUUUCCUGGUGGACCGUGUUCAUGCCCUUCUUCGCCGCUGAUGGGCUCAGCACCUACAUCACCACCAUCGUGUCUGUGCGCCUCUUUCGGGACGGAGAGAAGAGGUUGGCGGUCCUCCGCCUCUUCUGGGUCCUCACGGUCCUGAGCCUCAAGUUCGUCUUCGAGAUGCUGUUGUGCCAGAAGCUGGCGGAGCAGGCUCGGGAGCUCUGGUUCGGCCCGAUCACGUCUCCGGUCUUCAUUCGCCUGCAGCUGCUCCUGAUCCGCACCUGCCGAGUUAACUAGCCUGUCCAACGUGCCGGCGAGAGAGUGCUGGGCAGCU